AGUACACGUGUAAGAGACAGCUGAUGUGUGUUCUGUGAUGUUAUUCUUCAUACUUAAGAUUCGUGACGUGAAAACACGCAGGGUCUAUAGGGAAUAACACGUGUACUUUAUACCAAAUUGAAAGUAUUUAGUGGGACAAGCGCAUCAAAUAGAUCAACGCGAAUUUUAAAGUAGACAAAGUGUGAGCUGAAAGUUUCGUUGAGGAAGAAGGCGUGCUUGUGUACUUGUUAAAAAGUUACCGGUGGUACUUAUUAGUUGAGAUCUUUCCUGUCCAGUUGUCUUUUUAUCUUACCAGAAGAACUUCAAUAAGCCAGCAUGAAUCCAACGCACAUUUGCCUGGCCUUAGCGUCAGUAAUAUUGGGCAUAUUAUCCACAGUCACCGAGGCAAAACUGAAGGAAGGAGACUGUGAAGUUUGCCUGAGUGUAGUACAGAGAUUUUCUGACAGCCUGGAUUCGGAUAUCAAGUCCAAUGCAGACAAAAUAGAAAAACAAUUUAAAAAGUUUUGUAAAACAGUGAAAGGAAGAGAUGAGCGAUUUUGUUAUUAUCUUGGAGGCGUUGAUACAUCAGCAACAUACAUAGUGAAAGAGUUGGCUAAGCCGAUAAGCUGGGGGGCUCCAAAGGAACUUGUCUGUGAAAAGUUGAAGUCAAAAGAUCCAUCUAUUUGUGAUCUUAAAUAUGAAAAAUCUAUUGACUUGACAAAAGUGAACCUGAAGAAACUGAAGGUCAAAGAACUGAAGAAAAUUUUGUCAGACUGGGGUGAGGACAAUGCUUGCAAAGGAUGCGCAGAGAAAAGUGAUUUCAUCAAAGUAAUUGAAGACCUUAUGCCUAAGUAUGCUCCUGAAGCUGCAAAAUCUAGAAAAAAUGUAGAAUUAUGAGGAGGGUAUUUGUCUAGAUUGUAUAAAUUAAUUCAAUUUAAAUAGGUUACAUUUCAGUUUGGAAUCUAGAUCAGUCGGUUUUGCAGAGUUAAACCUGAGUUUAUAUCUAUGAAUAGUGUUUUCUUUCAUUUAUUUAUAUUUCAUCAAUCUAAUUUUGUACAAUAGUGUCUUCUCUUGUGAUCAUUUUAUGUCUGAAAUCAUUUUGCUGUUCGUAUAUUUUCAAAGGUUUUGUAACUUUUGUGUUUUCCGGCUGAUAUGGAAGCCCUGGUUUGACCUUAGUGCUGGCCAGAGCUGUUUUCCUUUGAUAUUUCCGGAAUGUAAACUUGUUUAACCAGGGUCUUGUGAAUAUGGCUGAUCUUUCAAAUGUACAUAUCUGUCAUUUGUACCCGUUUCAUCCUGUUCAUGUUAUUGUGCAUUUUGUGUCAUUGUUAGUUCAUUACAGAUUCAUCGGAAAUGAGAGAUUGUGUGUAACGUCAGUUUAUGUGACCACAAACUUUAUGGUUUAACACAAAGAGGUAGAUAUAUCACAAUUACUGUGCUGACUAGAACAACUUGAAUUGUGCUAUGUACAGUUGUAUACUAUCAUCUACACUUCUUUUCAACUCAAUAUUCCAUUUUAGAUGAGUAUGUUCGAAAUGAAUUGAAAUGGUUGAAUGUGAGAAUGCUGGGAUUUAAAAACUUGGUUGUAUAUAUUUUGUUGGGUGUGAUUUAGUUUUAUUGUUUAAAUAAAACCUUAAAAAUCAGGCA